AUGGUCCAGCGUGAGACUUAUCCCGACGAAAUGAUUGUACUGGGCGAAACUUUGAUUCCGGAAAAGUCGUGCCGCAAAAUUGAGAAAAACAGCCCUAUUCGUAAACUGUCACCAUUUCUCGACGAAUGGGGAGUCCUCCGUAUGCAAAGCCGAAUUGAGUUGUCACCGUGUGUUCCCCAUGACAUGAAAUACCCCAUAAUUUUGCCGAAAACUCAUCGAGUGACCCAGCUUCUUGUUGACUGGUACCAUCGGAAAUACGCACAUGGCAACAGCGAAACUAUUGUGAACGAGAUACGACAACGCUUUCACAUUUCAAACUUAAGGGCAGUGGUACAGCGGGCUGCAAAGAAUUGUAGUUGGUGCAAAGUGUAUAAGGCGAAGCCCGAAACUCCAAGGUUGGCACCACUUCCGGAAGAUCGACUCACCGCGGGUGGGAAACCCUUCGCAAUAGUAGGCAUAGACUACUUCGGUCCUUACCAUAUAAAGAUCGGACGAUCCAGAGUGAAACGAUGGGUUGCACAGUUCACCUGUCUCGUAGUGAGAGCAGUGCACCUGGAAGCAGUAACAUCCUUGUCCACCGAAUCGUGCAAGCUAGCCAUACGUCGAUUUAUCGCUCGGCGUGGUCCACCAGCAAAAAUCUACAUGGACAAUGGAACAAAUUUCCUCGGUGCAAGCCGAGAACUAGAAGUCCAGAUCAAAGCCAUCAACGAAGGACUUGCAUCAAUCUUCACGGACGCCGAAACGCAAUGGUGUUUUAUUCCUCCCGUCACACCUCACAUGGGCGGAGCGUGGGAAAGGAUGGUGCGUUCGGUCAAAUCAGCCAUGUCCACUUUCCACGAAUCUCGAAGUCCAACAGACGAAGUAUUUGAAACCGUACUCUGCGAAGUAGAGUCGAUUGUAAAUUCACGCCCACUUACUCACCUUCCCUUGGAAACCUCCGAGCAAGAAUCUCUAACACCAAAUCACUUCUUGUUGCUGAACUCAAACGGGACGAAGAAAAUCGAAAAGGUGCCAACGGAUGAACGUGAAGCUCUUCGCAGCAGAUGGAACCAGUGUCAGCGGAUGGCGGAUCUGUUCUGGCAACGAUGGGUGAAGGAGUACCUUCCUACCCUCACGCGUAGGACCAAGUGGCACGACGAUGUUAAGCCGAUUGCAGCAGGUGAUCUUGUUUUCAUCAUCGACGACGGAAUACGGAACCGAUGGGUUCGUGGUCUUGUGUUGCAGACGAAACCAGGAAGAGAUGGACGAGCAAGAAGUGCGUACGUGCAAACGAGUCAGGGCGUUCUUAAGAGACCCGUUGUAAAGCUAGCAGUUCUAGACGUGGUCAAGUCUAGUGAAGCCACGCCUCCUCAGUAG